GCGGGUCACCCGUCUCACUAGCGUGUGGACAUGACUUGAAAUUACCUGCAGUUUGCAAUGACCGGGAGCCAUUGUGAACAUACCUUGUUUCGUUGGAGUAUGUGUGCUGUUGUCUGGACGUCUAGUCUCAGAAUGUGAGGUGAGAUACCAUUGACAGACAAUAGCCUUUGCUUCUUGCCUAGGUAGACAACAAUUCUCAAGUGAAAAGUCCGUGCACUCUCCCGAAACCUGAGACAGAAAGCAGGGAUAUACAGGUGAUCAAUGGUCACAGUCUAACAAUAGAAAGGUGCACAUCAAAAGAACACAAACGUCAAAGCCGGAACAGAUCCCACGCAAAAGUCAAAAUGCCAGCGAUGGAACACUGAAAAUCAGCGUUGACACCAGUUGCUCACGAAAAGGACUGACAUUUGUUCCUACUAGAACUGCUGCUACUACUACUACUACUACUACUACUACUACUGACACCACUUAGGUGCACGAAUCAUUCACAAGAACACUGACUGCUGGUAGAAAGGAUAUUUCAGACUCCAAAACAAAAGAUAAAUUCUACAAAUAUUCUUGGGAAACACUGAAAAUGAGUUCAUCAGAUCAGGUACCGGAUUGCAACAAGAAAUUUCUCUUGCCAUGGGUGAAAAUAUCAAAGCUGGUGACAAAGCAUAAGCAGCAUAUGACGCCCGAAGAGAUAAUAAAUGACAUUCUAAAAAAAAGUUCUAAGUUGCAUCAGAAGACCAUUCUUCGUCAAAUUGUUGACAGCAUGGAGGAGUUUCAUGUGCAGCUGUAUUACUCUAAAAGACAGUCUAAAGUAAAAUGUAAAUUUGAUUCUUUUGUUGCUGAAGAAGAAAGAAGUAGGCAAACUGUCAAUAUGAGAAUUGACGCGUUGUUGUUUUUCUACAGAAAUGUUGGACAUGAGCCAGAGAUUUAUGCACUUACCACUGGCUGUGCUUUGAAAUUACUGAAGGGUCAUAUCGACUGUGGUUUCCCUAAAUAUAUUGGCCGGCGAAUACUAGGUUUCCAUCUAAAGGUAUUGUCAUCAAAACAUUUAUUUGGGGACAAAAUUUCAUCUUAUGCAAACUACUGGCAGACUGAGUCCGAAACAUUCCUGUCAUUUUGGGACUGUCUUGGUGACAUCACAAACAAGUAUCAGAUGCCUGUCAAGAAACAGUCGUCAGUAUACACACUUCUUACUGGAAAUAAGGAACGUGUUGUAAACGUGGAGAUCAGUGAAGACAGUAUAACAUUUCACAAACGUCUUAGUUGGUUAGAUAUUUCUGAGCUGUUGACGAAAAUGUCUGCAAUACUGGAUGGAUUUGUGACUGAUGCAGCAAUGGACAAAGAUGACCCUCGUUUUGAUGUGUUUGACCACGUAAAACGUGUUAACACGAAAGCUGAAAUGAAGAAAUAUGAUGACAAACUGAAAACACUUCUGGCUAAAUCAUUAAAACUGUUAUGUAAUCCAUUGCGUCUGAGACUAAUGUACAAAGAUGUUGAAAGUUGGGUAUCGGCAGACGAGUUUCUCCUAGUGAUGCCAAGGGCAGCUGGAACAUUCAUACAAAAAUGGGAAGGAAGCCCUCCUACAUUGGAAUCAGUUCUCGGGGCUUGCAGGCGUUAUGCCAAGGAAAAGAAAAUCCAUGAUGCUGCCCUGGGAAGAUUAGUGAAUGACGUGUCUAUUCAGUUUGCGUGUACAGAUACAGGUACAUACAUCAUCAGAGGAAAGGCAAAGCUGACAGAUCUGAUAGAAGGACACUUGCACACUGACACGGGCAUAUCAGUAUUCAGAUACUGUGGCAAAUGGUUUCGUAUACACGUUGAAUAUUUGACACAAGUUGAAGAGCUAUUUUCUAAAGUGAUGGGAAUUUGUAAUUUAGAACAGGACAAACUUCCAUUACCAUGGCUAUAUUCUAGCUCUGAUAGCAAAGUGGCAAAUGUAGACACCAAUGAUAUCAAAUACUGGAUCACACAACUGAACUUUAGUGAGUGUUGCAACCCCAUCGAGGACAAGGCUGAUUUUAACGAUUUUCUUUUGAAUGAAACAAAUGUCGUUAAAGUCGAGAAGCAGCUGAUGGCACGAUUAUUUUCUAAACAAAGAGAAAGGGAAUACAACAGUGGAUACAUACUUUACAACAAGAUACCCUCAAAAAGAACUAAUGGUGAAUCAGGAUUUUUGCUUGGAGACAACAUUUUGAUGAAGAAUAUAGAGCUGUUUGAUCUACUUUACUACACACCAGAAUGUACAUAUCUGAUCCAUGUCAAAAAUGGUUUUGGAAAUUCAUUCAGGGAUGUUUGCUCUCAAAUAAGAAUAUCAGCUGACUUUUUGCACUGUUGUCUCAAUGCAACUAACAGGUUCAAUUUUCUUAAAGAAUUCUGGAAAAUUGCUGCCAACAGAGGGAAAACAACCUACAGAGAGGCUGUAAGACAAAUGUAUCGAGAGGUGGGAUGGUACAGAUUUGAACAAAUGUUCCACAGGAAGAUUUGCUUUGUUUUGGCAUACAGAGACAUUAAAAAAUCGUCACAAAGACGAACAUUCUCCAGCGCAUCAUCCAAGAAGCUGACCAAACACUGUGGAGAAGACACAGACAGACUAUUGAGGAAUUUGGCACUUAAGGACUUUCUGGAGGAAAGACAAGGUACAUAUUAUCUCACAGAUAAGAUUUUCAAGUUGAAGGCUGAUAUAGUGAAGGACAUCAUUAAUGUGACCACACGUGUUGCCAAAAAAGUGGCAAGUAUUUUGAAAGAAAGAGUUUCCAAGUCAUUCAUUUCUAAAAUGGAGUUUGUUCAGUUAUACAGCUAUUUCAGAAAAUAUUCAAUAGGAAAUGGUUUUUCUUUAAGGAUUUGCAGAAUACAAAACCAUACCAUUUCACAUUUUUCAUUACCCAAAUCUUCUGCAUCUCCAGUGUCUGAUUGGUCAAAUACUGGCUUGAGCGAGCAUGAUGACAGACUGCACACUUAUGAGUUUCAUCACCAGGGGUCUGAUCACACAGGGCUUGGUCAACAACAAUCUCAUGAUCUGCAGCCUCAUAGACCAAGGUCUGAUAGUCAGGGAUUGACAAGCUCAGGGUCACUUACAUCAGGUAGUAGUGACCACCAUCAUCAUACAGAGACGUCUGAUCAACAGAAAUCUGAUAGUGAGAGGCUGACUAACUCAGGGUCACUGGCCUCACAUAGUGGUGACCACCGACAUCAUUGUGAGAAGUCUGACACACGAAAAUCUGACACAAGGAAGUCUGAUAAACGGAAAUCUGUUCGCGAGAGGCUGUCAAGCUCAGGGUUACUUGCCUCGUGUAGUGGUGACCACCAUCAUCAUAGUGAGAAGCCUGACACAAGGAAGUCUGAUAAAUGGAAAUCUGAUAGCGAGAGGCUGACAAGCUCAGGGUUACUUGCCUCAUGUAGUGGUGACCACCAUCAUCAUAGUGAAAAGUCUGACACAAGGAAGUCUGAUAAACGGAAAUCUGAUAGCGAGAGGCUGACUAACUCAGGGUUACUUGCCUCGUGUAGUGGUGACCACCAUCAUCAUAGUGAGAAGCCUGACACAAGGAAGUCUGAUAAACGGAAAUCUGAUAGCGAGAGGCUGACAAGCUCAGGGUUACUUGCCUCAUGUAGUGGUGACCACCAUCAUCAUAGUGAAAAGUCUGACACAAGGAAGUCUGAUAAACGGAAAUCUGAUAGCGAGAGGCUGACUAACUCAGGGUCACUUGCAUCACGUAGUGAUCAGCUUCAUCAUAAUGAGAGGUUUGACACACAAAAGUCUCACACAAGGAAGUCUGAUAAAUGGAAAUCUGAUAGCGAGAGGCUGACUAACUCAGGGUUACUUGCCUCAUGUAGUGGUGACCACCAUCAUCAUAGUGAGAAGCCUGACACAAGGAAGUCUGAUAAACGGAAAUCUGAUAGCGAGAGGCUGACAAGCUCAGGGUCACUUGCCUCACAUAGUGGUGAUAAGCAUCAUCACAGUAAGAGGUCUGACACACGAACAUCCGACACAAGGAAGUCUGAUAAAUGGAAAUCUGAUAGCGAGAGGUCGAUCAGCUCAGAGGUACUUGCAUCACGUAGUGAUCAGCUCCAUCAUAAUGAGAGGUUUGACACACAAAAGUCUGACACAAGGAAGUCUGAUCAACAGAAAUCUGAUAGCGAGAGGCUGACUAACUCAGGGUUACUUGCCUCAUGUAGUGGUGACCACCAUCAUCAUAGUGAGAAGCCUGACACAAGGAAGUCUGAUAAACGGAAAUCUGAUAGCGAGAGGCUGACAAGCUCAGGGUUACUUGCCUCAUGUAGUGGUGACCACCAUCAUCAUAGAAAAAAGUCUGACACAAGGAAGUCUGAUAAACGGAAAUCUGAUAGCGAGAGGCUGACUAACUCAGGGUUACUUGCCUCAUGUAGUGGUGACCACCAUCAUCAUAGUGAGAAGCCUGACACAAGGAAGCCUGAUAAACGGAAAUCUGAUAGCGAGAGGCUGACAAGCUCAGGGUUACUUGCCUCAUGUAGUGGUGACCACCAUCAUCAUAGAAAAAAGUCUGACACAAGGAAGUCUGAUAAACGGAAAUCUGAUAGCGAGAGGCUGACUAACUCAGGGUCACUUGCAUCACGUAGUGAUCAGCUUCAUCAUAAUGAGAGGUUUUACACCAAAAAGUCUGACACAAGGAAGUCUGAUAAACGGAAAUCUGAUAGCGAGAGGCUGACAAGCUCAGGAUCACUUGCAUCACGUAGUGAUCAGCUCCAUCAUAAUGAGAGGUCUGACACACAAAAGUCUGACACAAGGAAGUCUGAUAAACGAAAAUCUGAUAGCGAGAGGCUGACAAGCUCAGGGUUACCUGCCUCACGUAGUGGUGAUCAGAAUCAUCAUAGAGAGGCGUCUGGCACACAGAAGUCAGAGAUGAAAAGGUCGACUCAGCAGGCUCGUAAGCGGAAAUCUGAUAGACACUGGAAAAAUGAUUCGAGGCCAUUUCAGCACCUCACGCAUGGCUGGCAACCAGACGGACAGCUGUAUGGUAGUUGGGAAUCUGACGGACUUGAUCAACCUUCUUGGGUUUGGACUAAUGUGCACAAUGGGCAACAAACUCCUGAAUGGCAACAGGAAGGACAACCACAUCUUAAACGCCGUAAAGUGUAG